UCCACCUAAGCCCCGCGACAGAGACAGAGAGAGAGAUGCUUCAUCUUGCCUCCCGCCUGAUGAAGUCUCUUUCUCUCUCUACAGCUCCGGCCACCGCCGCGCUCCAAGAACUCGCCUUUGCUCACUCCCCCGGUGUUGCGAAGGUGGUGCUUAAAAAGGGGAAGACCCAGUUGUUCAAGGAUGGCAGUCCCAUGGUGUACAGCGGCGCCGUCGACCGGAUAAUCGGUCGGCCGCCGCCAAGAACCGGGGAUGUCGUGAUGGUGGCUGAUGGGACAGAGAAACCGAUUGGGUGGGGCUUGUACAAUUCGGUUUCCAUGUUCUGUGUUAGGCUGAUGCAGCUAGAAGAGGAAGCAACAGGGAAUCCGUCAUGUGCAUUGAACAUGGAGAAGUUGCUCGAGAAAAGAAUCGAGGCAGCCAUAGAGCUGCGCAAGAGUUUGGGGUUGCCUUCUGUCAAUACGAAUGCAUAUCGUCUGAUCAACAGCGAAGGGGAUAGGUUGUCGGGUUUGAUCGUCGAUGUCUUUGGAGAUUUAGCUGUGGUUGCAUCAUCUGCUGCUUGGGUUGAGAAGUACAGGACAGAAAUAGAGGCUUGCAUUUGUAAAAUCGGCGGCAUAAAUCACAUAAGCUGGAGACCAUCCGUCGAAAUGUUAAAAGAGGAAGGACUGGAUGUAUCCAAAUUGCGGGAGAUGCAGCCUUCUACUUGUCCUAAAAGAACCAAGGUUCUUGAGAAUGGGAUUGCUUAUGUCGUCUCACUUGAUGGCCAGAAGACAGGAUUUUAUGCUGAUCAACGUGAAAACCGUCAGUUUAUAUCCACAGUAUGUGAUGGUCAGAGAGUUCUCGACCUAUGCUGCUACAGUGGUGGAUUUUCCCUAAAUGCAGUUAGGGGAGGUGCUGUUGAUGUUUUGGGUAUUGAUACGUCGUUGCCUGCUUUGGAGCUUGCUCAAGAAAAUAUUGCUCUUAAUAGAUUGGAUCCAGCCAGGAUAUCUUUUUUAAAAGAAGACGCAACUGUAUUCAUGAAGAGUGCUUUAUUAAGAAAUGAGUCAUGGGAUAUAGUCAUACUCGACCCUCCAAAGUUAGCUCCAAAGAGGAAGGCUCUAAAAAGUGCAUUUGGCAUGUAUAGAAAUUUGAACUCACUGGCAAUGAGAUUGACGAAGAAAGGUGGACUACUUAUGACUUGUUCAUGUUCUGGAGCUAUGACACAGAGUGGGAUGUUCAUAAAGACACUUCAGGGCGCAGCAUCAGCAGCUGGGAGAAGAGCCACAAUUCUGAGACAGAACGGAGCAGGAUGUGAUCACCCUAUUGACCUGUCCUACCCCGAAGGCAAAUACCUUUCCAAUAUUUUAGUAAGAGUACUUUGAAAAAUCAUAAACGGCAUUUGCACAUUGUAUUAGAUAUCUGGCGCAAUCUCUCCCCAUCCAUCUUGCUGCAAAGUUUUGGACUCGCUGGCACUUUCCCAUUCACCAAUCCAACCCCACACUUAAAGAUGGCCAA